GUAAAAUAAAUAAAUAAACAAGAAAAAAAAAUGGAAGUUGAAACAGAUUUCUCUAUAUAUACCAAUUCUGUUCCAUCCAAGUUGAGAACAAAUCUCUCUCUCUCUCAAGAAAAGCAGAGAUCAGUGAGCUGUGUGGUAGUGUCACUGCGAUAACCGACGAAAAAAAAUGGCUAAGGCGCCUCCGUUUUUUAUCGGGAUUUUGGCGCUCUGUUGUUCGAUAGCAGUAGUGGCAAAUGCAGAGUAUAAAACAUAUCAAGAUCCCAAAAAACCGAUAAACAAGAGAGUAAAAGACCUCUUAAGCAGAAUGACACUAGAGGAAAAGGUAGGCCAAAUGACACAAAUCGAUAAACUCGUCACGUCAGCCGAAGUCUUGAAGAAGUACUACAUAGGUAGUGUAUUGAGUGGUGGAGGAAGUGUUCCUUCUCCAACAGCAUCUCCCGAGACGUGGGUUGACAUGGUCAACGGUUACCAAAAGGGAUCUUUAUCGACCCGUCUUAAGAUUCCCAUGCUUUACGGUAUCGAUGCGGUCCACGGGCAUAACGGGGUUUACAAAGCCACGAUCUUUCCUCACAAUGUCGGCCUUGGAGCUACUAGAGAUCCUGAGUUGGUGAAGAGAAUCGGUGCUGCAACUGCUCUUGAAGUUAGAGCUACCGGGAUUCCUUACGUUUUCGCACCUUGCAUUGCGGUUUGUAGAGAUCCGAGAUGGGGUCGUUGUUAUGAAAGUUACAGCGAAGAUCCGAAGGUGGUUCGAUCAAUGACUGAGAUUAUAUCUGGUUUACAAGGAGAAAUUCCUUCUAAUUCUCGAAAGGGCGUUCCGUUUCUAGCUGGACAGGAAAAGGUUUUAGCUACAGCCAAGCAUUUUGUGGGCGAUGGUGGAACGACAAAGGGUAUGAAUGAGAACAACACAUUGGCAACCAGGCAUGGAUUGCUUAGUAUUCACAUGCCGGCCUAUUACGACUCGAUUAUCAAAGGCGUGGGCACAAUCAUGGUCUCGUAUUCGAGUUGGAACGGAGUCAAAAUGCACGCUAAUCGCGACCUCAUCACUGUCUUCCUCAAGAACACCUUACGUUUCAGAGGAUUUGUGAUAUCAGACUGGCAGGGGAUAGACAGAAUCACUACUCCGGAACAUGCUAAUUAUACGUAUUCGAUCAUAACCGGAAUUAAUGCUGGAAUCGACAUGAUCAUGGUACCAUACAAUUACACAGAAUUUAUCGACGGACUAACCUCGUUGGUAAAAAACAAAGUCAUUCCCAUGAGCCGAAUCGACGACGCAGUCGCAAGAAUCUUGAGAGUGAAAUUCACUAUCGGUUUAUUCGAACACCCGCUGGCUGAUUACAGCAUGGUCAAGCACCUGGGAAGCAAGGAACAUAGAGAAAUAGCAAGAGAAGCUGUAAGAAAAUCACUUGUGCUGCUCAAAAACGGCAAAUCUGCAGAUAAACCGGUUUUGCCGUUGCCUAAAAAGGCAUCGAAGAUUCUUGUAGUGGGUUCACAUGCUAACAAUAUCGGCAACCAAUGCGGUGGCUGGACAAUCCAAUGGCAGGGACAGACCGGCAACGUAACAGUCGGUACCACAAUUCUAACCGCCGUCAAGAAUACAGUCCAUCCAGAAACAAAAGUUGUAUUCAACGAAAAUCCAGAUUCUAAAUUUCUAAAAUUGAACAAGUUUUCGUAUGCCGUUGUGGUGGUAGGUGAACCACCGUACGCAGAGACGUUCGGGGACAGUUUAAACUUGACAUUACCUGAGAGUGGCUACAGCACUAUCAAGAACAUGUGCGCCUCAGUGAAAUGCGUCGUAGUUUUAAUCACGGGCCGUCCUGUUGUGAUCGGGCCGUACCUUGCCCAGAUCGACGCGCUCGUGGCGGCUUGGCUACCUGGCACAGAAGGGCAAGGUGUUGCCGAUGUUCUGUUUGGUGAUUAUGGGUUUAGUGGCAAACUGCCGCACACUUGGUUCAAGAGUGUCGAUCAGCUUCCGAUGAAUGUGGGCGACCCACAUUACGACCCGUUGUUCCCGUUCGGAUUCGGGCUCACUACAAAAGGUGCGAAGGCUGAUUAAAUUUGAAAUGGAACAUUUCAGAUUGAGGCGGUUUUUUUCACGAUGUUGUUGUUAAUUCUCGUGUUGUUGUUAGAUGUGGUGAGUUUCCAAUGUAACGAUCGAAUGAAAGAAAUAAAAGAAGAUGGGAAUCGUGUAA